GUUCAAAUCUGGCGCCGAUCAUAUUGGUUCAGAUUCAUCGAAGGCGCCAGUUCGUCGGAGUUGCGAUCUUCUUCUUCUAUCUUUUUGCUAAUCGAUUUGAAAAUGGUUUGCUUGGCGUGUUUGUUGCCUCUGUUUCUCAUUCCAGUCGUCAACGCGCUGCCUGUUCUGUUCGAUUUAAUUAUGGGCAAAAUUUAUGGAAUUUUUGGCUGGGAAUACAGAAAACCACAAAGGGUACCGCCGGCUUGCCCCUAUCGCCCUGCUGCCAAACAAAAUAGCAAUGUGGAGUUAGAACCUCUAGCUGGUCAGCAACUCCCACCUCCAAAAGUCGUGGAUGAGAAGCAAGACUGAAUCUGGAAAUUUCUGAUGUACAUACCUGUCAGCAAGAUCAACAGAUGUUUGUGGCCUUAGAAGCUGUGGACACUGUCGAUUCUAGGAAGCUAUGAUUUCCAAUCGGGUCAGACAAAAAAAAAUAUUUUAAACUCUCAUCGCUAAUACUAUCAAUACAGUUAUUUGUCGUGCAUGCUUUCUGAAUAACAUCAAUACAGACAUUGUAUGUAUGCUUUCUAAAUAAUUUAGCUGGUUUGCUUGAAUA